GUGGGUUAUUGUUCGUUCACUUUUCAUUUCGAAGAAAGCGCGGCAGUCGUGAAGUGUGACAGUUCGAUGUAGACUGUGAAACCGAUAUUUCCUUUGUAGGAUAUUUAUAGGACUUUCAAUUCAAAAUGUUUUGUGGAAGCAUGUUGUCUUACAGAAGAUUGCCUAAGGAAGUGUCGGCAAAAUCGGGGGUUUCUGUGAGAGGCGGCAAACUUCGGUGUCCGGCCCCCAUUUCUCGCUUGCGCGUUGAGAAAAUCGAGGGUGGUCUAAUGGUGGCCGGUGUCGUUGUUGCUGCAAAUUGCCAAAUCAUUCUGCCCAUUUUUGGGUUCCUGUUUCUCCUAGUUGGCUGUGUUCUUACCGCCGCUUCUUAUAGAGGUCCGGGCGAGGACGAGGAACCAGAUCGCUAUGAAGCCCGGAUAGCAUUCACGGGCAAUUCCAGAGUCCUGGGUCCAGCCUGUAUAGUUGUCGGAUUCUUCAUGCUAUUGGCUGGUUGUAUACUGUGUGUCUUGACGCGAAGAGCACGAAGAAGGGAACAGACAAUCGGAUUUCACUGUCCACUUCAUGGGGACUUUUAUCCUCUUAGUCCUAUUACUAGUUCAAAAACUUUAGGUGCUGUAAAAAAAGGUGGCGCGUGCAGCUUGUGUUGGCCUCGAAAAAGAGGGCCGGGGGGUAUUGCGGUGGGGCCACCUCAAUGUCCUCAUAGCCAGAUGUCAAGCACAAGGAGUUCAAUCGCAAGUUCACCUCAUAGUCAAUGUCCCACGCCUUUACCGUUUCUUGUAACUUCUGGGUCAGUGAUUGGAGGCAUCGUUCCACCAGCAGCCCAGCUGUCUCCCGAUCAACCAUUCGGAUCGAUCAGGUCCCUGACGGUGGGUAGAGAGGUGGCCAGCUUUCCUCUAUCUAGGACGCCUACACCGCCUCCAGUGAAUUUCGAGAG